UAUAUGUAUAUAUAUAUAUAAUAACACCACAGUCCUGGAGGAGCAGCAGGAGAGGCACGGGGACAGAUCUAUAAAAAUGGAUCGUCAUGAUAAAGAGAUUAUCCGCGGGGAGAUUUUGCCCGUGGUCAUCAUCGGUAACGGCCCUUCUGGUAUCUGUCUGUCAUACCUGUUGUCGGGUUACACCCCGUACCUGUCCCCUGAGGCGUCGCACCCGAACCCACUGCUGCACAGCAAGCUGAGAGAGCAGCCUCACCUGUCGCUGCUGGAGCAGGAUCUGGAGUACCUGUGCGAGGGUCUGGAGGGCCGGUCGUCCAAUCCCGUGGCCGUGCUCUUCGAUUCGCUGCUGCUCCCCGACAGCGACUUCGGAAUCGAGCACACGUCUCCGUUGGACUGGCGCUACGAGCCGGAGCGAGCCAUCCCUCACCUGGUGCUGGGGAAGGGUCAGCCCGGUGGAGCCUGGCAUGCUAUGGAGUGCUCCAUGCUAACGCUGAGUCUGGCCAACUGGAUGGAGCUGCCUGGACUCAAACUGAAGGACUGGAUGAGAGAGAAACGCAGGAACGUUCGUAAUGACCGCGCCACGCCAGCAGAGAUAGCCUCCUACUACCAGCACUACGUUUCCCAGAUGUCCCUGGAGCAGAACUUUGCCUGCGGAACCACCGUCACCUCGGUAACCAGACAGCCUGGCGACCAGGACGGGUCGCCGCCCUGCUGGAGGGUGACGGGACUGCAGCGCAGAGAGGGGGAGGAGCUGGGAGAUGGCUCUGCUGUGUCAGAGGAGGUGCCGUUCUCCAUGUUGGCCCACAACGUGGUUCUGGCGACGGGGACCCACGACAUCCCCGCCCGCCUCGGCGUGGAGGGCGAGUCGCUGCCGUACGUCUGCCACUCCUUCUGGGAGCUGGAGGCGGCCAUCUCCCGCGGCGAGCUCGACCAAUCGUCUGACCCCGUGCUGGUGGUGGGGGCGGGGCUUACGGCGGCCGACGCGGUGCUGGCCGCCCACCACUUAAACACGCCGGUGUACCACGCCUUCAGACGCUCGGUCAACGACCCCGGCAUCAUCUUCAACCAGCUGCCCAAACUGCUCUACCCAGAGUACCACAAGGUUCACCAGAUGAUGACUCAGCAGCAGUACCAGCCGGACCCUCCGUCACAGGACCACGCCCAGAACCUCCACGACCCCUCUACUCCUUCCUCCCUCCCUCACCCCUCCUCUUCCUCCUCCUCCUCCUCCUCCACCUCUUCGCCCCCCUCCUCCUACCCGGGUUACCUGAGCUUCCCGCGCUACAGGGUCGCGGCGUUCCGGCCCGACCGGAAGUGCGUCCUGGAGUCGGACUCCGGCCAGCGGACCGUGGUCCAGAUCUCCAAGGCGCUGGUUCUGAUCGGCGCCCACCCGAACCUCUCCUUCCUGGCUGACAACGGCCGCCCGCUCGGCGUCUACCCGGAGGAGCCAAUCACGUGCCGGAGGAACCCGGUGGAGGUGGACCAGUUCACGAACAAGGUGCUGGCGGCGGACGGGCCGGGCUUGUACGCCAUGGGGCCGCUGGUCGGCGAGAACUUCGUCAGGUUCCUGAAAGGCGGGGCGCUGGCCAUCGCUAGCGACCUCGCCAAGAAGCAGAGGAGGGGAGACGGGGGGGAUUUGGCAGCGGACGGCGGACGGACUCGUGACGGACUCGUGGACAGACGGGUGGACGGACGGGCGACCGCACACACUGGAGCAGAAGUCUGCGUUCUUGGUUCGUAGCAGGAAGCGACGCAAACGACUCUGAUUGAUCGAGACGAAAACAGGAAACACAGAAUUUUUUCAGAAACGAGUCUCGCUGCUACAUUGGGCAGAUGGGCUCCACAUCUGGACUCGCACUGGUUUGGAUGUGUCGGAUAUCUUGAUGUGUCAGAUAUCCGAGACAAUUGUGAGAAACCGAUGGUGCGUUUGGGUUCUCCCCGUAGAAGUCUAAAGCAUGAAAAGUACUUAUUCAACACCUGGAAGAUGCUCUGGAAUGACAAAAGAUCUCAUCAAUACUGGAUUUAAGAGGCUUCUACCAAUAACUGCAUUUAAAUAAUCAAAACUCUGAUAUCAAUAUAUUGUAUAAUCUUCUUUGCAUAACAUUUUUUAUCAUGAUACCUUAAAUGUGGUUAUGAAAGAAUCAUAUGUGCUUUUUUUACAGAGACUAAACUGCUCUGUCAGUGCCAUCUGGUGGUCAAACGCCGUACUGCAGGACUCUCUUUCAUAAUAGCCUCAAACAUCUGCUACAAAUCAUCUGAUUGUUCUGGCUUUCAACAAACAUGAAGUUCAAGCCUCAUUUAUAUCCAUGUUGUGUUCAAACAGACUGCUCCUACAAACCAAACAUACGAGUUUAUAACCUGUAAAUAUGUAAAAAAGUUUAAACUUCACAAACGGAGGAGGAGGAGGAGGAGGAGAUGUGAAUAGAAAUUAAGAGAAUAUUUAAAGAAGAAAUCCUAACAGUGCUUCCGGUCGGUUUCCUUCAGAUGGCCUCAAUCACCACGGUAACUUCCUGGUUAACCAAUCAGCAUCACUCAUGACCAAACCAGCCUCUUUGUUUUGUUUUUUAAAUUAAUAAUUAACAUGUUCCUGAGAACAUCUGAUAUUGUGACACUACUGUGACAGUUUCCUGCAUGUGUUUCUGUCAUAUCAUUCUCCAUGUAUGUGUUUUGUAUAUUAUGGGUUUUUAUUAAUAUAUAUAUAUGUAUAUGGUGCUUUAUUUUUCUAUGUCACGUAUGAGUUUCAGGCCACUGUACCUACCGGAUAUCUUUGUGAAUCUAUGACGAUUAUGAAAAGCUUUUAUACUUCGAAAAAACUAAAGAGAAACAUCUAUAUUUUUUUCUAUGAUUCCUCUCAUUGAAACUGUUGUAAAGUCAUUAAUAUAACGUUGAAUGAAUGAAAGAUCACAGCGCCGGUUUUUAAACAAUGUACCACUUGAAUCUUCCAUAUGUGUAACUUUUUAUAAUAACAACGGGGGGAUUUCUCUUCUGUGCUUUGGUUUCAGUCAAAUCAUGUUGAUUUCAACGAUAAAAAACAUUUUUUCUGAUAAGAUGAUGCGUUCAGGAACCACAGUUUGAUGGUAAUUAAUGGGUUUUAUUUCUGUUCGGUUAUUAGUCACAAUGCAAAUAAGGUUUAAUGUUAUUCUUCACAGGAUGAGCCAAUAUCCACUUCUCUCGUGUGCUUUAUCUUUGAUCCUCAGUGUGAAAUAUUUUUAAUAUAAUUCCUUAUUAAAGUUUAGCGCAGCUGUUUAUGAAUUUUGACAGUCAAACUACAACUAAACUCUUCCCAUUGCAGAUUGUUCUACCCCCCAAAUAUUAAAUUAUUUAUAUCUGCUUGUUAAGAUUCAUGAGAAGUAAACUGCAGCUUGAACCUGAGCAAAUGCAACCAAUGAAUUUUUCAAAAUAAGACUUUUUUUCCCUUUUCUUUUAGUUAAUGAAAACUAACCUUAAAAAAUAAACACAAAAGUUUAUGAAAUAGAGCAUUAUUUGGGGACUAUAUUUAAUGGCGGAUUAAUACACAUUUAGUGAGUGCUUGAGGCAGAAGGACGGUGGGUAUGUGGGAUUAAAAGAGUAAAGAAUAUACUAUAGUGUGGGUUAAUGGGGGUGAAGGAACAACAGUGAGGCUCAUGGAAGUGUUUUAAUGAGGAAGAUGAGAUAUCGAGCUUUAAUACGCAAUACUUGGAAGCAGAUCAAUUCUUUAUUUAGGGUCUUUUCAUGGGGUUUAUUGUCAAAAAGAAAAAUAUAGAAUAUCACCAUAUUAAUCCUUUAAUGUGUCGGGUUUUUGUGCACAUUUGUGUUGCUAUCAGCCACUUUAAAGCUGUCCCCUUUAAAAAUAUUUUUAUGUUAUAUAUUAUGUAUUCUCUUGACGUCACGGCAGCAAUAAAUAAAUGAAAUGCUCUGACGUAAAAGAAGAAGAUAUCUGGCUGUUGCAGGACUGUAAUAAAGCGCUUCCACACGCUGCUAGCUUUAACAGCUGUGAGAGUUAACAGCAGCCAUGUUUGUAGUUUACGUUCGUUAUGAUGAUUUUGGGGGAGUGUCUUUGGGACGAGCUGUCAGUGGCGACUUUCUCACUAGAAUUAGAAUUCUUUUGGAGCUAGUGUUGUUAGCUACGUUUAUGGUAAAGACUUGGAAACACGGGGAUGGGUUUAUUUGGUUGAAUAACUUUAUUUAAAUCUAGCGUACUCUUGUUGAUAAUCAAUAUUACCAACCCUAGCUUUAUGACAUUUGCUUAUAAUAUACUAACAUUUAAAACGUGUUAUUGUAAACUGUACUGCAACUAACUAACUUUGCUGAUCAUUCUCUCAAUGAAUCAAUGAAUUGUUCAAUAACAAAUAGAGUAAAAUAAUUCCAAUUACAAGUCCCCAGAGCACAAGCUGACAUCUUCAGAUUGUUUUCUCCGACCAACAUACCAAAACUAAUAAUAAACUUCAAAAUAAUCAGACAAUAAUACCUAAACAACCACUCAAUUAACAAAAUAAGAGCUUUUAAAUCUAUUGUCAAUCAAUCCAUUCAUUAAUUGGCUAAUUGUUUCAGCUCAACCAUAGGCAUGGUUUGUGUUUUUAUCAAUAUCCUUCACACUUAUUAUGUAAUAUGUGUAUUUAUUUAGGGGUUAAUACAUUUAUUGUGUCUGAGUUUAGAUUCAACACUUUAUGCCAACAGAAAACAGAUCCACACGAGUGCCUUAACACACUUUAUUCACAGAAGUAUUUAUGUUUUCACUGCAGGUAAAAAUCAUGUCCAUGUUUUUUUUUUAACACUUGUUAUUUGUGUUGUUUUAUGAACGGGGUGAUUUAUAUAUAUUGUUAAUAAGUUUCCAUCUGUAUCGACAUCAAAUCUAUGUUUUCCAUUUUCAUUUGUCUGGGAGUUUCUAUUAAAAGGACG